AUGUCCCGGCACAUCUACACCCGUCACGGGAUAGGAGAGGGACUGCAGAAGCCUGUGUUCCAGGGAAACAGAGGGACUUACUCCAGACGCAGCCGGCUGAAGAGAUCAGACGGCAGCACCACGUCCACCAGCUUCAUCCUCAGACAGGGCUCAGCUGAUUCCUACACAAGCCGACCGUCCGACUCGGAUGUGUCCCUGGAGGAGGAGAAGGAGGGCGGCCGGCAGGAGAAGGAACAGCAGGCCACUGUUCAGCUCGAGAGGGCAAAGACUAAAGCGGUGGCGUUUGCUGUGAGGACCAAUGUCAGUUACUGUGGUGCGUUGGACGAGGAGGUUCCCGUGGCCGGCACCGCUGUGUCUUUUGAUGCCAAGGACUUCCUCCACAUCAAAGAGAAGUACAACAACGACUGGUGGAUCGGCCGCCUGGUGAAGGAGGGCUGUGAUAUCGGCUUCAUCCCGAGCCCUCUGAAGCUGGAAAACAUCCGUCUCCAUCAGGAACAGAAGAGAGGACGUUUCCACGGCAGUAAGUCCAGCGGAAAUUCCUCCUCCAGUCUCGGAGACAUGGUGUCGGGAACUUUCAAGCCGAACCCCAACUCUGCAGGAAAGCAGAAACAGAAAGUGGCUGAGCACAUCCCUCCCUAUGACGUGGUUCCCUCCAUGAGGCCGGUUGUCCUGGUGGGACCUUCCCUGAAAGGUUAUGAGGUGACAGACAUGAUGCAGAAAGCGCUGUUUGACUUCCUGAAGCACAGGUUUGAUGGCAGGAUAUCCAUCACACGGGUAACAGCUGACAUAUCCUUGGCCAAGAGAUCAGUACUAAACAACCCCAGUAAGAGGGCCAUCAUUGAGAGAUCCAACACCCGCUCCAACCUUGCCGAGGUCCAGAGUGAAAUAGAGAGGAUCUUUGAGCUGGCCAGGUCUCUGCAGCUGGUGGUGCUGGAUGCAGACACCAUUAACCAUCCAGCGCAGCUCAUCAAGACCUCAUUAGCGCCCAUUAUCGUCCAUGUUAAAGUGUCCUCACCUAAGGUUCUCCAGCGGCUGGUCAAAUCAAGAGGGAAAUCUCAAAGCAAACACUUGAACGUGCAGCUCGUUGCAGCUGAGAAACUAUCACAAUGUCCUUCCGAGAUGUUUGAUAUUAUUCUGGACGAGAACCAGCUGGAAGAUGCAUGUGAACAUCUGUCGGAGUACCUGGAGGCGUACUGGCGUUCUACACACACGUCACUUAGCACGCCACUCAACCCCCUGCUAGGACGCAAUCUGGGCUCUACUGCUCUCUCCCCGUAUCCUGCCGCCAUUCAGGCCCAAAGAAACAUGAAUAGCAACCACACAACGACAGACCAUGCGCCCGUGGAACGCCGCAGCCUGAUGCCCGCUGACGAGAACUACCAUAACGAAAGGGCGCGGAAGAAUCGCAACCGUCUGUCCUCAGGCUCACAGCAGAGCCGGGACCACUCGCCCCUGGUAGAGGAGGACUACCAAGACCCCUACCAGGACUCUUACAAGCCUCACCGCAACCGAGGGUCGCCAGGAGGCUACAGCCAGGAGUCCAGGCACCGGCUGUGA